AGGCCUGGAAAUUUUGUUUGCUUGCGUUCUUGGUUGGAUAUUAAUUAAUUGGAAUUAUAUACGUAUAUAUAUAUAUAUAUAUAUGUAUUUGUAGCCUGUCCGGCUUUGCCUUAUCAAUUGUCUGAAUCAUCAUAUCGAAUUACGAAAUUACCAGAGGCGAUAACGAAAAUCGGUAUCGGGCCGCGCUGUGAUUUUAUAUUGGUCAGUAAAAGACGGACGGAAAAAAUGAAUGCUCUUGUGCCCGAUGUGGUCGAUGAGGCGCCGCCCCAGGACAAGCUGAAGGUCAACUAUGCGGGCCAGCUCGCUGUCCAGGAAGGCAACGAACUGACGCCCACCCAGGUGAAGGACGAGCCGCUUGUGACCUGGAACUCCGAGGAGGAGGAAGGCGAUGAUUCUGCUCUGCACACGCUGCUGAUGGUGGAUCCCGAUGCGCCCAGUCGCGCGGAGCCCAAGUUCCGCGAGAUCUUGCACUGGGCCGUGGUCAAUAUACCGGGCAACCAGCUAAACGAGGGCCAAACUUUGGUUGAGUACGUUGGGUCGGGUCCGCCACAAGGCACCGGACUGCAUCGCUAUAUAUUCCUGCUGUACCGCCAAAGCCAAAGGAUCGAGGAGUCGCUGCACAUAGACAGACGCACUCGCCAGGGACGGCUGAACUUCAGUGCCCGGGAGUUUGCGGCUAAGCACGGAUUGGGCAAGCCCAUUGCCGGCAACUUCUAUGAGGCGCAAUACGAUGACUAUGUGCCCAUACGGAACAAGGAGAUAACCGGCUAGGCGGCUGCGCUCCAAAAAUAUAUCAUAUUUAUUAUGCUGUAGUCGUUCUUCAUGCCAAUAAAGUCAACCGGGCCCCUAUCAGCUGGGAGUCAGUGUGUCUUAGUUA